AUGUCGGACGUAUCCGCUCCGCCUAGCAUGGAGUGCGCGGGCAGCGCCUCGGCACCCUCGCCAAGCACGCACGGCCGGAAGGAGGGCGGCCGCGCAGUGGCCAGCUCCAGAGGCAAAGUGACCGACGCAGGUGUGCGCAUCGGCGGCAGCUUCUCGCCCGCUCCCGAUCCAGCGUGGGUGAAGAGCCGCAACGACGUGCUCGAGGCGGUCGUGGCGAGGCAAGCUGCACUCCUGGAGUCGGUCGCCAAACCGCCCAUCACCGUGACGCUGCCCGACGGCUCGACCCGCCCCGCGACCGCCUUCGUCACCUCUCCGCUCGACAUCGCCACCGCCAUCUCCAAGGGCCUGGCGCAGGCGUGCUGCGUCGCGAGCGUCUCGUACGCAAAGGGCGAGCGGCUGCCGUCGCCGCUGGAGGCUGGAAUGGUCGCGAUGGCAAACGGUCCCGACGAGGAGGAGGGCGAGGUUUCCGAAGACUGGGAGCUGUGGGACCUGAACCGCCCGCUCGAGGGCUCGUGCGAGCUUAAGCUGCACAAGUUUGGCGACGCGGAGGGGCAAAUCACGCACUCGUCGGCGCACAUCCUCGGCGAGGCGCUCGAGUCGCUCUUCGGCGCCCGCCUGACUCACCGCCCUCCACUCUGCUCCUCCUCCUGCGCCCACCUGACGCACGGCCCUCCGACGGACGGCGGCUUCUUCUACGACUCGUUCAUGGGGGAGGCGGCGGUGGACAAGGAGAAGGUGGGCCAGCUCGAGUCGAGGGCCAAGCUGAUCGUCGACCAGAAGCAGCCCUUCGAGCGCGUGGUGGCGAACCCCUUCAAGAAGGCCCUCAUCUCGUCCAAGCUGCCGGACGGCUCGUCGACGACCGUCUACCGCUGCGGCCCCUUCAUCGACCUCUGCAAGGGGCCGCACCUCCCCAGCACGGGCUGCGUCAAGGCCUUCAAGCUGACCAAAAACUCGACCGCCCACUGGCUCGGCCAGGCGGGCAACGACGAGCUGCAGCGCGAGCUCUUCUUCUUCGACGAGGUCUCGCCCGGCUCGAGCUUCUUCUUGCCGCACGGCACGCGCAUCUACAACAAGCUGAUGAACAUGAUCAAGGCCGAGUACUUCGAGCGCGACUACGACGAGGUCAUCACCCCAAACAUCUUCAACCUCAAGCUGUGGGAGACGUCGGGCCACGCCGCCAAGUACAAGGAGAACAUGUUCCUGCUCGACGUCGAGGGGCAGGAGUUUGGCCUCAAGCCGAUGAACUGCCCCGCCCACUGCAUGCUCUUCAAGCACCGCAAGCGCUCCUACCGCGAGCUGCCCCUCCGCAUGGCCGACUUCGGCGUGCUGCACCGCAACGAGCUCUCGGGCGAGCCUCCCCCGCCGAGACCGGCUCUCGCCCAAGGACGCGUCCCAGACGACGGGCACAUCUUCUGCAUGGUCUCGCAGAUCAAGCAGGAGGUCGCCAACGUGCUCGACAUGAUCGCGACCGUCUACAAGUACCUCGGCAUGACCUUCUCCCUCAAGCUGUCGACCAAGCCCAAGAACGCGCUCGGCGACCCCGAGACGUGGGUCAAGGCCGAACAGUUCAUGGAGGAGGCCCUCAACGAGUUCUCCGCAAAGACGGGGCAGAGCUGGACUCUCAACCCGGGCGACGGCGCCUUCUACGGGCCGAAGAUCGACGUCCAGGUGUACGACGCCCUCAAGCGGCCGCACCAGUGCGCGACCGCCCAGCUCGACUUUGUCCUGCCCAUGCGCUUCGACCUCAACCCCGGACCGCCGAGCCGCGCGACCUGCGCACAGCACGCCGCGCCACUGCACCACACGCCGCUGCACCAGCCGCCACUGCACCAAACGCCGCUGCACCAGCCGCCACUCGCGCCGCUCCUCCAGGUGCACCGGGCAGUGCUCGGCUCGGUCGAGCGGAUGAUGGCCAUUCUGAUCGAGCACUACGCCGGCAAGUGGCCCUUCUUCCUCUCGCCGCGGCAGGCGAUGGUGAUGGCCGUCUCGCCCGCCUUCGAGGAGUACGCGAGGGCCGUGCAGAAACGAGUGCGGAAGGCGGGCUACUUCGUCGACCUGGACGACAGCCACCGCACGCUCAACAAGAUGGUGCGCGAGGCGCAGCUCGCGCAGUACAACUACAUCCUCGUCGUCGGCAAGGAGGAGGAGGCGAACGGCACGGUCAACGUGCACGGCGUCAAGCGCAUCGACGACCUCAUCGCCGAGUUCGCGGAGCUCGAGAGGAACCACACCCUCGACAACCAGCCCGCCGACGUCUAG